CAAAAACAACAAUACAACAAUAAUCACCAAAAAUCCUUAUUUUUUCUUCUCUUCAUUUGCUCUCUCUAAGUCUCAAAUCCAACAAUACUAACAAUGGAGGCAAUGAAGAUGAAGCUUUUCGUGGCGGUUCUGGUUGCGAUGAUAGCGUUCUCUGCGGUUCAACAGACAGCUGCAGCGGUUGAGGCUCCGGCACCGAGCCCUACCUCUGAUGCUUCCUCGUUUAUCCCAACUUUCUUCGCCUCAGCCGCGGUUUUGGCUUUUGGAUUACUCUUCUAAGAAGUAUUUUUACUUAUGUUUAAUCAAAUUAAAUAAAAAUCACUUAAUUGAUGUUUAAGUUCUUGUCUUGUGUUGUCUCUCUUUGAGUUCUUGUAGUUUAUUUUAUGUGUUGAGUUUUAUCUAUUUCUCUUUCUAUCUUUCUCCCACACUCUCUCGCUCUAUGUAAUGUUGUUGAAUUGACUCAU